CGACUUUCACCCACGUGACCUCUCACUUGACAACGGUUGCUAUCCGCCAUUACUGUGCUCCUCGAGAAUAAACAAACAAAGAGAUGCAUGGUACUUUUACUGAAUAUGGUUCAUUGUAUAGUGUUUGGAUGUACUUCUAAAAGCGGAAAAACUCGAGUUAGCUUUCAUACAAUACCCAAAGUUGUAUCUAAUCAAGGAGAAGAGCACGAAGAGCUCACGAGAGAGAGGAGAAGGCGCUGGAUUUCAGCGAUCAGUCGAGGCGAUACASAGACAAAAAGAAUCCUCGAGAGUGAACGUGUAUGUGGACUGCACUUUGUUAAUGGAAAAGCUGCAGCUUCCUGGGAUAGAUAUCACAUCGACUGGGUGCCUACUCUAAACCUUGGAAAGCAACAAACUAAGAAAAUUACAGUUGAUGAUCAUAAAGAAGGAGUGAGCUUGAGGGCCGAAAGGGCGAAAGAGCGCAGGAAGAGAAACAUUGAACGUCAACAACUUGAAGCUGCUAAGAAAAGAAAAGAACUUGAUCAGAGUGGUCUGCCUGUUCAGAAUAUAGAUUUUGCCACUGCUAGCUCAUCGAAUGACGACGUUUCAAGCUUAGAKCCUUUAUAUGUCGAUGAGGCCUGUGGAAGUACAAGCGAUGCGGAAUAUUGUGAUGGCACCGAGAUGGAGAAGGGAACUCAAACAGUCGUCCACAAAAUGGUUGAACGUUCCACUUCAACUGAGGACUUUGAAGUAAUUUCUGAAGGGAGGAGAAAUAGAGGAACACAGACACUAGAAUUUAAUUAUUUGUUUCAGAACUCUGUGUAUCGUGCUCCAGACAAGGAUUUCUUCGAUUCUUCAGAGAAAGUUCGCUUUUACACCGGAUUGUCUUCGUUGGAAGUACUUAUGGUAGUGUUCGAACAUGUAAGUCCGUAUGUGUCGCGACGAUCCGCUUUAACCAGUUUGAGCAGCUUUCAAGAAUUUAUUUUAGUUUUGAUGAAACUACGGCUAAACGUACCAUUUCAAGAUUUAGCAUAUCGUUUUGUGGUGUCCUUGACAAGCGUGUCAAGGAUAUUUACCUCAUGGAUACAUGCAAUGGACUCAAGGUUGUCUGCCUUCAUUUAUUGGCCAGAAAGMGAACAGCUAUGGAAAACAAUGCCAAUGUGUUUUCAAUAUACCUUUGGUCAUAAGGUAACUGUGAUAAUUGAUUGUUUUGAGGUUUUUAUUGAGAAARCCACAAAUCUUAUGGCCAGAGCUCAAACCUUUUCAUCRUACAAGCAUCACAACACUGUUAAGGUUCUGAUUGGAAUUACACCCCAGGGAACUGUCUCUUUUGUUUCUGAGGCUUGGGGAGGAAGAACCUCAGAUAAAUUCUUAACRGAGAAUUGUGGAAUCCUAGAAAAACUGAUACCAGGAGAUACUGUAAUGGCAGAUAGAGGAUUUACAAUUUCAGAAAGUGUUGGAUUGAAACAAGGAAAGCUAGUGAUUCCUGCAUUCACCAAAGGAAAAGCUCAACUAGACCCAGUUGAUGUAGAGCGUUCAAGAGGCAUAGCCAAUGUUAGGAUCCAUGUUGAGCGAGUUAUAGGUUUAUUARGAAGGAAAUACACUAUCCUAGAAGGAACACUCCCUACUAAAUUCUUGAGUUGUGACCCAAAUGGUCCCGCAGAGAACCAGGUACCRAUAAUAGAUCGUAUUCUAAGAGUUUGUUCAGCACUUGUAAAUUUUUGCCCAUCAAUUGUACCAUUUGAUUAGCUAGAUUUUCAUAUGAAUUUAUUAUUUCAGU